AUCACUACGAUUCUUUGGAUGUUUUAUAUUCUGAAGAUUCAACAAGUUUUACCGUCACUAUCUGAUAAUUAAAAAGUGCUUUAAAUAACAACAGUUAAAACAAUACUGAGUAUUGACUUUAUUGUGUUGCUACACUUACUGUCUGGUAAUAAACUUAUUUACAAUGUUCUACUUACUUGCAUUAUGGAUAGGAUUUACCAAUAGUGUCUUAUCAUAUAAUAUUAGCAACAGACCGGGAAGCUAUCUAAGUUGUGUUGACAAGUCACGUAAAACUAACCAAAGCAAUGAAUUCGUUGAUAUAUUUAAUGCUUCUUCGUUUGGCUCUGUCGAAUGUCCAAAGCGACCGAACAAGUUGAAGAUUAUAGAAGUAAUGCCUCCUAACAAAAUUAAAUUUACUUUCAGAGAUAUAUUCAUUUGCUGGCCUGAGAAUAUCCAACAUGGAACACUGAUGUUCAAUGGUGUAAUAUCUAAAACAAGACCAAAUAUUACAACUACUUCAGUGUGUAAACCUCGUGAUAGCAUAGUCGUUUACAAAAACUUUCACAGAAAAACAUAUGUACUACUGAGGAUGCAUGGAGAUGUACAACUUACAGGAAGGGUAUUGCCUACGAUGGAAACUAGAAUAAAACCAGCAAAGGCAUCAGGAAUUUCAAGCAAAGGAAAUAAUACGAUGAAAACCCGACAGAAACGGCAGUCAAUAGAACACCCUAGUUAUACAGAAAAAUCUUCCAUCACAGAUGGAUCAGAAUGUGGAAAGACCAGAAGCUGCUUCAGAAAUGGAGUAAAGAAUUGUCAACACUUUGAGUGCGAAUAUUUUCUUAGCUACUGGAUGGAUAAACAAAAGGCAGUUGUAGAUUUUGAACUUAGUGGAAAAUCUGAUGGUUGGUUGGCAGUUGGAUUCUCUUCGGACAGAAAAAUGGGUGGCGAUGCUAUUUUUGGAUGUAUCUACCAGUAUUCAAGAACCAUGCCUAUACGAGCUGCUUCAUUUGAAGAUCCUCAUCCACAUGUUCGUCCCGAGGAAAAACAAAACUUUGCACUUAAACAUUCCGAAAGCAAAAAUGGAUAUAUAUAUUGUCGCUUUAUUGUGCCUGUUAAGAGGAGAGACAGUGGUGUUGAUCUUACAAAUGAAUGGGUACAGUUUUAUGCACGUGGGAAUGUUUCCGGCGGUUUAAUGGAAAAGCAUCACGAAAGACCUCUUAUGUCGGAAAGACUUAUAAGCAUUGUGGAAACCGUUAAUGUUAUCAGUGUUGUGAAUGCUGGCUCCAUACUACUUCCGCUUCCAUUAUUGUAUACAGUUAUAAUAUGGAUCUAACUGUUUGAGUAUUGUCUAUGAUUGGCUGUUCGUUUGUGUAAGGUUCUAGAUGGACAUUGUUGUGUAUAAUAUUUCAUCGUAAUGAAAAACUGGAAUCGCAGAUGUUUCUUCUCAGUAAACUGCUGAAUGGAUAAUUUGAGACUGUACAAAACAACCAUUUUGCUCAAAAGAUUUGAUUAGAUUGCUCAAGAAUGCAUUUUAACAGAUCUAAUUGCAAUAUUAGGUCACGGAAUAUCGAUAGAAUGACAAUCAUAAUGUAUCGUAAUACUGGGAUGUAGAACUUAUUUAACAAGAUUCUUAUACGUCAUAUGACUAAAGAUUUCAAUAACGAAAGUGGAGAGACGUUUUUAUUCAAUAACAAUUGUCUGAUUGAAAUACUUUAGCUGAAUUUUGAUUUUCAGUAAACAGAUAAUGAAAUAGUGAAAAAGGAUACUGACAAAUGAC